AUGACGAAACUUUUCUUAGCCUGCAUCUUUAUUGCCGCCGCGACGGCUGCAGUGAUUCCUGUCGAACAAGCCAGGCACCGUCGUGACGUCUCCGAGAUCGUGAACGAGUACAUCCCGCCGGCGGAGGAAGUUGGCGCCGAGUUGGCCCAAGACCCCGCCGCCCUGGGAGAUGAUGGAUACCGCUACAAGACCGUGCGCCGAUUGAAGCUCCGUCAUCGUCGUGAUGUUUCCGAGAUCGCCAACGAAUACCUGCCCCCCACUGAGGAGGUUGUUGCUGAUGCCCCAGUUGAGGAGGUUCCAGUUGAGGAAGCCAGCCAGGACUCCGCUGUCCUUGCCGCCGAUGGUUACCAGUACAAGACAGUCCGUCGCCUGAAGUACCGCCAGCGUCGGGAUGUUUCCGAGAUCGCCAACGAAUACCUGCCCCCCACUGAGGAGGUUGUUGCUGAUGCCCCAGUUGAGGAGGUUCCAGUUGAGGAGGCCAGCCAGGACUCCGCUGUCCUUGCCGCCGAUGGAUACCAAUACAAGACCGUGCGUCGCCUGAAGUACCGCCAGCGUCGGGAUGUUUCCGAGAUCGCCAACGAAUACCUGCCCCCCACUGAGGAGGUUGUUGCUGAUGCCCCAGUGGAAGAGGUUCCAGUUGAGGAAGCCAGCCAGGACUCCGCUGUCCUUGCCGCCGAUGGAUACCAAUACAAGACCGUCCGUCGCCUGAAGUACCGCCAGCGUCGGGAUGUUUCCGAGAUCGCCAACGAAUACCUGCCCCCCACUGAGGAGGUUGUUGCUGAUGCCCCAGUUGAGGAAGCUCCAGUUGAGGAAGCCAGCCAGGACUCCGCUGUCCUUGCCGCCGAUGGAUACCAAUACAAGACCGUCCGUCGCCUGAAGUACCGCCAGCGUCGUGAUGUUUCCGAGAUCGCAAACGAAUACCUGCCCCCCACUGAGGAGGUUGUUGCUGAUGCCCCAGUUGAGGAGGUUCCAGUUGAGGAGGCCAGCCAGGACUCCGCUGUCCUUGCCGCCGAUGGAUACCAAUACAAGACCGUGCGUCGCCUGAAGUACCGCCAGCGUCGGGAUGUUUCCGAGAUCGCCAACGAAUACCUGCCCCCCACUGAGGAGGUUGUUGCUGAUGCCCCAGUUGAGGAAGCUCCAGUUGAGGAAGCCAGCCAGGACUCCGCUGUCCUUGCCGCCGAUGGUUACCAGUACAAGACCGUCCGUCGCCUGAAGUACCGCCAGCGUCGGGAUGUUUCCGAGAUCGCCAACGAAUACCUGCCCCCCACUGAGGAGGUUGUUGCUGAUGCCCCAGUGGAAGAGGUUCCAGUUGAGGAAGCCAGCCAGGACUCCGCUGUCCUUGCCGCCGAUGGAUACCAAUACAAGACCGUCCGUCGCCUGAAGUACCGCCAGCGUCGUGAUGUUUCCGAGAUCGCAAACGAAUACCUGCCCCCCACUGAGGAGGUUGUUGCUGAUGCCCCAGUUGAGGAGGUUCCAGUUGAGGAGGCCAGCCAGGACUCCGCUGUCCUUGCCGCCGAUGGAUACCAAUACAAGACCGUGCGUCGCCUGAAGUACCGCCAGCGUCGGGAUGUUUCCGAGAUCGCCAACGAAUACCUGCCCCCCACUGAGGAGGUUGUUGCUGAUGCCCCAGUUGAGGAAGCUCCAGUUGAGGAAGCCAGCCAGGACUCCGCUGUCCUUGCCGCCGAUGGUUACCAGUACAAGACCGUCCGUCGCCUGAAGUACCGCCAGCGUCGGGAUGUUUCCGAGAUCGCCAACGAAUACCUGCCCCCCACUGAGGAGGUUGUUGCUGAUGCCCCAGUGGAAGAGGUUCCAGUUGAGGAAGCCAGCCAGGACUCCGCUGUCCUUGCCGCCGAUGGUUACCAGUACAAGACCGUCCGUCGCCUGAAGUACCGCCAGCGUCGGGAUGUUUCCGAGAUCGCCAACGAAUACCUGCCCCCCACUGAGGAGGUUGUUGCUGAUGCCCCAGUGGAAGAGGUUCCAGUUGAGGAAGCCAGCCAGGACUCCGCUGUCCUUGCCGCCGAUGGAUACCAGUACAAGACCGUGCGUCGCCUGAAGUACCGCCAGCGUCGGGAUGUUUCCGAGAUCGCCAACGAAUACCUGCCCCCUUCCGAGGAGGUUGUCACCGAGACUCCUUUGGAGGUGGCUCCAGUUGAGGAAGCUUCUCAGGAUUCUGCUGUUUUGGCUGCCGAUGGUUACCAGUACAAGACCGUGCGUCGCCUGAAGUACCGCCAGCGCCGCGAUGUCUCCGAGAUUGCCAGCGACUACCUGCCCCCCGCCGAGGAGACGGUGGUGGCUGAUGCGCCCGUCGAAGAAGUGCCCCAGGACUCCGCCGUCCUUGGCGACGAGGGCUACCGGUACAAGACCGUGCGCCGUCUGAAGCUGCGUCAUCGCCGUGCCCUGUAA